AUGGUGAAGUUCCUUAAGCCAAACAAGGCGGUGAUCCUCCUCCAAGGAAAGUACGCCGGUCACAAGGCCACCAUCGUGAAGAACUUCGACGACGGCACGCGCGACCGCCCCUACGGCCACUGCCUCGUCGCCGGCAUCGCCAAGUACCCCAGCAAAGUCAUCCGCAAGGACUCGGCCAAGAAGCAGGCCAAGAAGUCGCGCGUCAAGGCCUUCAUCAAGGUGGUCAACUACAACCACAUCAUGCCCACGCGCUACACCCUCGACGUGGAUCUCAAGGACAUCGUCACCGCCGACGCCCUGGUCUCGCGCGACAAGAAGGUUACCGCCUGCAAGGAGAUCAAGGGAAGGUUCGAGGAGAGGUUCAAGACUGGCAAGAACCGCUGGUUUUUCUCGAAGCUCAGGUUCUAA